CCCCGAACCACUGAUCCGAACGUCCCGCGUCAAGGAAAGGAGCGAAAAGGAAUAUUUCGCUAUUGAUAGCAGCAGCAUGUUUUGAGUAUUGUUAUGCCAUUGGUGGAAGUGUUCGUCCAUUAUCGUUGAAAUUGUUUGUUUGCAACCAACAUGGAAUCGUUUUUUGAAACGGGAAAUAGAGUUUGGCUCUUAGAUGAUAAGGAAUGGUCUCCCUCGGUAGUCGAAGCAGUUCAGGACGGCAAAGUGACAUUUCGUACGGAGUACGGAAAGGUUAUCGCUCGAGAUCAAAAAUCCUUGUCCAGAGAGAAUGUGUCGAUCAUGCACAACAGUUCUGUGGAAGGUGUCGAGGACAUGGCGCACCUCGAGGAUCUUCACGAAGCCGGAAUAUUGCAUAAUCUUCACGUCAGAUAUAAAAAGGAUCUAAUAUACACGUACAUUGGCUCCAUAUUGGCCGCAGUGAACCCUUAUCGAACGAUCGAGGAUUUUUACACGAAGGAAAUCAUGACUGAAUACAGCAAGUGUCAUUUGGGGGAAAAGCCGCCACAUAUUUUUGCCAUUGCAAACGAAUGCUAUUAUUCGAUGAUCAAGAGAGGACAAAGCCAAUGUGUGCUGAUAAGCGGUGAAUCUGGUGCAGGAAAGACGGAAUCAACGAAAUUUAUGCUGAAUUUCUUAUCACACCUGAGUUCCUCAAUACAAGCAUCAGGAGAAAAGGACAGUGUUUUGAACGUGGAAGAUGCGAUACUCAAAAGCAGUCCAAUUCUCGAGGCGUUUGGAAAUGCCAAGACUGUGUACAACAACAAUUCAAGUCGAUUUGGAAAAUUUAUUCAGUUAUUUUUUAACGAAAGAGGGAGAAUUGUUGGUGGCAAAAUCUCAGACUUUCUUUUGGAGAAGAAUCGCCUUGCUAGACAAAAUCCCGACGAACGAAACUACCAUAUCUUUUACGCUUUGGUUGCUGGAGUUACGGAAAACGAAAAAAACGAGCUUCGAUUGUUGCAGGCGGAAAAAUAUCACUAUCUUAACCAAAGCGGCUGUAUCUCGGACUCAUCGAUCAACGACAAGCAGGAUUUCUUCAACGUUUUGGAAGCAAUGCGCGUUAUGCGUUUUAAAGAGGAGCAUAUCUCCGAUGUUCUUCAUGUCCUGGCGGGAAUCCUCAACUUGGGAAACGUCACGUUUAUCACGGGAAACGGUGCACAAAUAAAUGAAAAGUUUGUGUUGGAGGAUAUUGCAGAGCUGUUGCAAGUCGAUAUUUAUGACCUGGAGGAUGUUCUUACGCAGAGGUCGAUGGUAUUGAGAGGCGAGGAGAUCAAAUCACCGUUGACAAUACCGCAGGCUGAAGAUUCUAGAGACUCUAUGUCAAUGGCCCUGUACGCUUGUACCUUCAAGUGGAUCAUACAACGCAUCAACGCUCGUAUCAAAGGAACCCCAAGUCAAGUAUCGAUUGGUAUUCUGGAUAUAUUUGGUUUUGAGAACUUCGAGACUAAUCGGUUUGAACAGUUUAACAUCAACUAUGCAAAUGAAAAACUACAACAAUUCUUCAACAAGCAUAUCUUCUCACUCGAGCAACAUGAAUACAACAGAGAGGGUCUAGAAUGGGCUGACAUCGAUUGGGUUGAUAAUGGAGAGUGUCUUGACUUAAUCGAAAAGAAAGUAGGCGUGCUGUCGUUAUUUGACGAGGAAAGUCGUUUUCCGAAAGGAACUGACGCAUCAUUAUUGGAAAAGUUACACGCAAGUCACGAGGGCAACAAAUUUUAUCUGAAGCCGAAAGUUGCAAACAAGAAAUUUGGAAUCAAGCACUACGCUGGCGACGUUUAUUAUACGACAACUGGCUUCCUGGAAAAGAACAGAGAUACGUUUAGAGACGAUCUUCUGAACCUUCUUCAAAACAGCAGGUCUGAUUUUGUCUACGAUCUGUUUGAGCAUAUGAAACCGACGCCCGGAGCCAACAGCAAGUCAUCCAAAAGAAGACCAACCGUUGGCUCUCAGUUUAGAACAUCGCUGACGUCAUUAAUGACAACUCUUAGUCAGGCACAUCCGUACUUUGUUCGAUGUAUUAAACCCAAUGGAUCGAAGAUGGCAGAAAAGUUUGAUCCAAAGAUUGUUUUGGACCAGUUGAGGUACUCCGGCAUGUUAGAGACCGUACGCAUCAGAAGAGCUGGAUUUCCUGUUCGUAUCGUUUAUGCAGAUUUCGCUUUCAGCUACAAAGUGCUGCUGAGAGGAAAGGCGAUAAGUGGCGAUCCUAUGGAAGACGGUGCUUUAUUGCUCGACGAAAUCGAACCAACCAGGAAGAGAUGGAAAAUAGGAAAAACCAAGAUGUUUUUGAAAGACGAACUGGAGGUUCUGUUGGACAAAAUGCGGGAUAAGGCUCUGAAGGAAGUUGCAAAAGUGAUCAAACGCUGCAUCGUUGGAUAUCUUGCUCGCAAACGUUUCUUGAAACAGCGAGCGGCGAUUUUGCUCAUACAGAAGGUCUACAGGGCUCAUUUCUACCGUAAUAAGUUCUUGAAAAAGCGACAGGCUGCAAUCGUGCUACAAAAGUACGAACGUCGUCGAGCGGCGCGAAAGUUGCUGCUGAAAUUACUCGAAGAAAAGCGAAUUGAAGAAGAAAGAAUACGCGAAGAACAGAGACGAAAGGAAGAGGAACGAAGGAGAGAGAUGGAAAGGCUGGAACAACAAAGGCGAAUGGAAGAAUUGGAGGAACUGAAGAGAAAGGCAGAGGAAGAGGCGCGACGAAAACGAGAGGAGGAAGAGGAACGAUUGCGAAAGGAAGAGCUGCAGAAACAGGCCAUGUUAGCGAAGGCUAGGGAGAUCGAAGAGGCAAGACGUAUCGAGGAGGCAAGAAAAGCAGAAGAGGAAGCCAAACGUAGACAGGAAGAAGAAGAACGUCGUAGAAUCGAGGAAGAAGAAAGGCUCAAAGCUGAGGAAGACGAAAGACGUCGGCAAGAAGAAGCCGAAGAAGACGCUAUUUCACUACUUGACAACGCAUUAAAGCAAACGGAAGAAGCAAGCGAUGACGAAGAAGAGGACGAUGAAGCGUUUAUAGAACGUUCGCCCAGUAUCAUCGAUAAAUCUCUCGAAUUACCGUACAAAGAAAGUUAUCUGACGAUGAAAGAAGGGGGUAUUUUGAAUCAAUGGAAAAGAUAUUGGUGCAUAUUACGAGACGAAACACUCAUGUGGUUCCGCGGUAAAUUGGAAGCGUUGAAAGCAGGAUGGCUUCAAAAGAAAGGCGGUGGGACUGGAACAUUAUCCAGGCGAAAUUGGAAGCGAAGAUGGUUUGUCUUGAAGGAUACAAUACUGUCGUAUUACGAAAACGAUGCCGAAGGAGCGAAAGCGUUGGGCAGUAUUGAUAUUAAAAAUUGCCAGCGGAUUGUGGACAGUGGUGAAAAAGAGAAUGCUUUCAGUAUCGUGACUGAUGGUAGAACGUAUCACGUGAUUGCUGAGUCUGCGCAUGACUGGAAUCAAUGGUUUAACGUCUUGAACAGAGUACAUCGAGCUUCGGAGCUCGAGCUUCGUGAUAUGAAGGAGGAAUCUGCCAACAUCAAACACGCACUUGGAACCAUUGAUGUUCCACUCAUCGAAUCGUGUUCUCGUGGUGGAGUUCCAGGAAAGCCAAACUCCUUCACGAUCAUAACUGCAAAUCGUCUACUGAGUUUCUCUUCUGAUUCAGCAGAAGACGCGGACAGCUGGGUCAGCGCUAUUCUCAAGACGAAGGAGCGAGAAGCAGAAGAAGGAUUCUCUGACGUCCUCGAGCAAGGAUGGCUCAUCAAAGAAGGACCGAAUGAAUCGCGAAGAAAGAGAUGGUUUGUUCUUACGGGAAACUCAUUGGAUUAUUACAAGUCGUAUGCUAAAGGCAGUCCACGAUUUGGGUCCAUCUUAUUAAACAGCCUCUGUUCAGUUAUUCCACCAAGCUCUCAGGAAGACGCAAAGGAAGGCGACUAUGUUUUUGAUGUGAAUGGAAGAAAGCGUACGUACAUUCUUCAUGCCAAGAAUGAGGAAGAAGGCACCAAAUGGACUUCAGCAAUACAAGACGUGAUCGAAUCCAAACCUACAAUUGAAACUCCAUUCUCGAAAUUGAUAACCGAAGUGAAGAACGCCCAUGAUAAUGAGGAGGUAGACAAGUUGUACCAGAGAAAUCCGAUUUUACGAUACACGAAGUUGGCCUUACGUGUACCACUUCUGGCGUUGCCCUACGGUUAUUCACAAUCCAUGAGAGCAAAAGACAAAGGCUAUGGAACAUUCCACGAGGAAGCGAUUCGAAUCUUCUCUUCACUACAAGAACAAGAAUCUAUUGCCGACCCAAUUCCAGUUAUACAGGGAAUAUUGCAGACGUGUCAUGAUUUGAAACCGUUGCGGGAUGAGGUAUUCUGUCAACUAAUAAAGCAAACCACAAGUGUCCCGAACAUCGACUCCAUUGGUAAUCUAAAGAACUGGCAGGUUCUGGUUUGCAUGUGUUGUACGUUUAUACCUUCGAGAAAAAUCCUUCGAUAUCUACGAUCUCAUUUGCGACGAAGCCGCGAUCAAUAUCAUGAAACCGAAAUGGCCAAGUUCGCGAUAUUUUGCUUGGAAUGCAUCAAACGAACGCGUCCAAGGGAAUUUCCGCCUUCGAGAGCGGAGAUCAUUGCUUGUUUGGGUCGUCGUGAUCUUGCCACAACUGUUUACACUUUCGGCGAAGGAGCCCAUUGUAAAAUUGAAAUCAAUUCUGCAACGACAGCUGGAGCGGUCGUGCAUCGUUUAUGCAAGGGUCUCAACAUCACACAGCAUGAUAAUCUUUUUGGCCUCUUCGAGAAGUGCGGUAGCGUGGAGAAGCACAUUGAAGGAAGGACAGUUGUGGCCGAUGUUCUUGCAAAGUUUGAAAGGUACAAAGCUCUUCGAUUGAGCGGGAAAGGUCAAAAAUGGCAGCUGUUUUUCAAGAUAUUUUGCUUCCUCAAUCCUUCUGCUGUACAAGUGGACUCCGUGGAAGGACUGUUCUUGUUCGAACAGUACUGUGAAAACGUAGCACAAGGUCGAUUCCCAGCGGCGGAAAACAUUCUAUGUCGUCUGGCUUCGUUGCGAUUGCAGUAUACGAAAGGUGACUUCCAGCCUGGUGCUUGGGUUGACAAUAUGGCCGCGGUGUUUCCAGUGGAAAAGAUCAAAAGACUCCGAGAUAGAAGUGCUUCGAAAGCCAGUCAUCUUGCACGCGAAAAGUUAUCGGGAACACUCAUGGGCUCAAUCAGGAAAGUUGUGUCACCACUUGUUAGUCGAGGCUUGAGCGAUGAGGCGGAAGAAAAGGAAAUCGAGGAAGCAGAGCAAAAAGCAGAGUCGUCCUAUAUUAAAAGCUCCAUAUGUGAUUACUGGAAAGGAAAUAAAGGAAUGACAUGCGAGGAAGCGCAAAGCCAGUAUGUAGAGAUCUUAGAAAAAUGGCCCGGCUAUACCUCGACGUUAUUUGACGUUAAGUCCACCAACGCGAAUUUCCCACCCGAAUUGUGGCUUGGUGUCAGUCUACAUGGAGUUGCUGUCUACAAAAGAUACGAAUCGAGAGCAAUUAUGACCUGCGAAUAUGAAUACAUCUUGUCGUUUGGUGCACCUAAAAGCAACGUUUACAAAAUUAUUGUCGAAGACCGCGGGGAAAUGAUUUUCGAGACGUCACAGGUGGUCGAAAUAGCCAAACUGAUGAAAGCUUACAUUAACGAAAUUGUUCGCAGACGUACAAGGCAGUAAAUGUUGUUUUCCAAACUACUCUUUAUUCAUUUUGUUAAAUAAUCGAUUCAAUGCAUGUGCUACAAAUAUUCGUGGUUUUGCGACUUUUUACAAGUUUAUUAAUGCCAACAUUUGUACGCUGCCAACCACUAAACACAUCAACAACAGGGAUACGAUAAUGAAUGAAUUUGAGUAACUACAGUUGUCUGACACUUUUUUUAGAAUUUUCUUUUCAUUUUAUUUUCGAUAGUAACGAUGAAUUUAUAUCAUAUUGCUCGUACUUUUGUUUACAUGACAUUGUCAAAUUAUUAAAUGAAAUUAUGACGAAAUAAAUAUUUGAUUUUUAUGGUUCUUGCA